CCGCUACUAAGUCCAAAAAAGAAGAAAGAAAUCCACACUCCAAACCAGUCAGUUUCGUUAUUUGUCAACCGUCAGUAAAUAUCUCAGAAGCAGGAGAAGGGCCACCACCACCACAGUACUUGCGAGUUUUCCUAAGUGUGUAAACUAUAAUUCCACAAGUACACUGGAUUUGAGUUUGAUACACAAAUAUUGAGAAUAUGACUUGCUCAGAGGAAGCAGAGGCACAAUUUGCAGAGAUAGAGCUGCUAUUAAGUAUGUUUCCGAGUGAAGAAGAGCUACAAGUGGAUGAGCUUUCCCAUGCAGAGCUCAGGGCUUAUGUGGAAGGGUCAACUCAUGCUCCCCCCAGCAUCAGACCUCAUUUCAGCAUCAAGCUGAAGGUGGAGAACCCUGCAGUGAGCAUUACAUUGCUGUGCACGUACCCAACUGACUACCCAAAAGUUUUGCCAGAUAUUACUGUCAGAUGUUCAGUGCUCACUAGAUCACAGCAGAUGAUGCUUCACUCCAACCUCAACACCUACCUUUCUGAAAACUGCAUUGGUGAUGUGUGUAUUCUUUCUGCUGUGCAGUGGAUCAAUGACAAUGCACAAACAUAUAUCACAAAAAGUGUCCCUGUCAGUGAUCCCAAGAAGGAAGAUGUUUUAAUGCAGUCGAAAGAGAUUUUCACUAGACUGUGGAUCUAUAGCCAUCACAUCUACAAUAAAAUCAAGAGGAAGAACAUUCUGGAAUGGGCAAAGGAGCUGAACCUUUCUGGGUUCAGUAUGCCGGGAAAGCCUGGUAUUGUGUGUGUAGAGGGUCUGCAGUCUGCUUGCAAUGAGUUCUGGGCCAGGGUGAAAGUGUUAACAUGGAAGAGAAUUAUGAUUCGUCACAGAGAGGAUGUCCCUUUGGACAACACCUGGACAGAGGAGAGAACUGACUCUCUGCGCAAGUUCACUGGCUUUCAUGAAGCAAUUUUUGACACUCACGGGACCAGAGGAAACCACAUGGACCUUGGACAGCUCUAUCAGUUCCUUAGUGACAAAGAAUGUUCUAAUAUCUUUCAAAUGUACUUUGGGAUUGAGGGGAGGUAAUGGUGUGCAUUAUUGUUUUUGCCUUAACUUUAGGCUUAAUUAUGCAAUGAACCUUUAAAAAAAAUAACAUUGUAUAAUGAAUGGAGUUAAAUUAACAGAAAACCACUUGUAAAUAAUAUAUAUAUAUAUAUAUAUAUAUAUGAAGGAUAUAAGGGUAUGUGUAUUCGUACUGAGCGGUUCACAAGGUAAGUUCCAAAUGGAAGUGAUCAUCCCUAUGCCCUACUCCCUUGCAGUGGAGACUUUGGAGUGAGCAGGGCACGUGCACGCCAUUGUUGCCGUUUGGAAUGCACUUGGCAAAGAAAGCGACGUAACUUCAUCAUUAUCUUCAGCUGGCAUGUUGACAACGCAGCAUUAUUUUUCAUAUAUUCUAUAGCAUAUUGUAAAAAUCUUUUUACCAUGCUGCGUUGUCAUGGGAACAUGGCAGCUGAUGAUACUGAGGAAAUUACAUCGCUUCCAAGUGCAUUCCAAGCGGCUUCUCACGCCAAAGGCUCUGCCCUUCAGAGGGAGUAUGACAUAGGGAUGUUCACUUCCAUUUAGAACUUACCUCAUAAAACGUUUGUUAUGAAUACACGUACAGUUACACCCCUAAUAUAUAUAUAUAUAUAUAUAUAUAUAUAUAUAUAUAAAUAAAUAACAGUUGAGAAUUAUAGACACUAUAUGCAUGUAUAUGUACAUAAGUGUACUAAGUUUGGAGAAAAUAUCUAAUUCUAGUAAUUCUAGUUAUGUAAAGAGGGAGUCAAAUAAAAUGUUUCUAAAUAAAAAGAAUAUUUAAAUAUUUUAGGUGGGCAUAUUAUGGGAGGUUGAGAUAGACCAAUGUGGGUGAAGAUGUGUAUACAUCUUUGAUAAAAAGAAGUUGGACGUUUUUUGAUAAUCUGUUUAUUGUUUAUCCAAUCUUCUUUUAAAGUUUUUAAUUAUAAAUUAAAAUUAGAUUUUACUGAAUAGAUCUCAUCAGUAAUGCCGGUUGUGUGAUUAAUUGUAAAUCUCCAUCAUGUGCUGUCAGAUGGAGUGGCAUUUACUACACAGAGCCAUAUUUCACUGACAAGCUAUGCAAUAUCGAGUUCAUAAUCGAAGGCGAUAUAUAUCCGAUGAUAAACGCGAUAUUGCGUAGCUUGUCAAUGAACUAGGGGUGUGCGAUACUGCAAAUUUUGGUAUCAAUCCAGUACCAAGUAAAUAUAGGGCCAGUAUCGCCAAUACUGGUACUGAUACUUUUUCCUUUUAACAACAUAGAUUUUAAAUUACCAAUUACAAUUUGAAAAUUAACAAUAACUAAUGUUGAUAAGCUAGAACAUUACAUUCACCUUAAAGCUAUAUGCAUAUUAUUUGCCUUUCUGAAAGGAGUUUGCAAGCAGACGAGCCCAGAAUUUGAAAGCAAUGCGAAAAUUUUCAUGUUAAGCAUUUUUUCUCCCCUAGAACAGUUAUAAAGAAAAAAAAAACAUAAUAUGGCUUAAUGCAUUAAGAAAGUAAUAUUAAAAGGCCAAUUCAGUAUACUGAUGACGCAAACUAUAUGCAGGCAAGCAGCCCAGUAUAUGAACACACAGUGCAUGCAUGUCCUCUGAUUAAAAAAAAAACUUUUGGGCCAGUACAUUUUUUUUCCCCCCGCAAGGCCCAUUUUCGGCCCCGCCAAAUUAUUACCCCCUCUCGUUGAAAUCGCUACCUGAUUGCCUAAUCCUAACCCCUCCCCCACACCUAACCCUAAACCUACCAAUACUGGGGGGGUAGUAAUCUGGCAGGGGUCAGAAUUGGGCACAACACCGGCCCAUCACAAAGCACUAUAUAGACGGAGUGAUAAGGUCUUGCUUCGCCUAUGUAAAUAUCGCUUCAUCUUCCUCUCAGUCUCUCAAAAUGUACAGGCUAAAGUGAAACGGUGGUGCUAGAAAGCUCAUGGAAAAGUAGCCUAAAAAGGCGGAUUCCGCAAAAUGUGCCUUGUCGGCGGCAAUUCAGAAAUGUACACAGCAGCGUUAUCAGGAAAUGGCUUGCCCUGCUGUGAGUGAUGCGGGACAAAAGGGACAGGCAGGAUGAGGAGAGGAGUUUAAUUGGUAAGCAGCUUGAUAACAGGGGCUCGGAAGAAGGGGAAACAGAAAAAUCUAAUCUGUCCUAAUGCAUACGCUCGCCACGAGUGUAGAAUACAUAACUCUUUUUUGGCCAAGUCAAGUGUGUUCACAGAGGUUUCCAUGGGCCAGUGCAAAUAAAUAUAGAUUUAAAUAUGACCUGAUGUUUUCUUCUUAUCCAAAACAAUGAGAUGGGGUGGCCUAUUCACACACCAUUUUUUUAUUUUGUGAGUUUGCAAUAUAUUCAGAUAGCCUACUUAACGUUCAAUGUAAAAGAUACCAGUACUGUAAUCUGU